ACAUGAUUUUGUAAGGCUCAAUCAGGCUAUUGAGUCACUACAUCCUGUGACUCACUCUGUGUUUGCAUGCUUGAUUUCUGUUUGUUUUCUCCUUUUAUGACAACGGCCAAUCUGCAGUUUUUCGUAGAAAAGAGGACAAGACUUAAUAAUAAUGGCAGUCAGGAUGAGACCCUUGGAAGCAAAGGAGUCCGUAAUACUUUUUUUAAUAAUUUUGGCCCAAGGCUUUGACUACUCCUGGACAUGUUAUUGUGAUCAGCAAUAUUUUUGCAACUGUUCAUUAAAUCAUCUCCAAAAGGUCCCUAAAGUUCCAGUGAAUGCUCUUAGCCUUGACCUGUCAUUCAAUCAAAUUGAGUCUAUUGACAUGAAUGAUCUCAGCCCAUAUAGUGAGCUGAAAACCCUGAACUUGCACAAGAACAAGCUCAAGUUUAUACACAAGGAGGCUUUCAAAUCUCAACAUAAGCUGGAAGUUCUUGAUCUGUCCUUAAACAACCUAGAAAAGCUAUCUUCAUCUUGGUUCCACGAGCUAAACUCUCUCCAGCAACUGAACCUUGUAGGAAACCCAUACACCACCGUGGGACCUGCUCCCAUUUUCCAGUCUCUCCUUAACCUAAGAACGCUGCAGUUUGGUAGUCCUUCACUGAGAGAGGUGUACAAGAAUGGCUUAGAUGGGCUCACUCAUCUGGAUGAGAUGACAUUCAUUGGCAGUAACCUCAAGUCAUAUGAGAACGGCAGCUUUAAAGCAGCCCGUCCAAUCGGUUCAGUCUCUUUGAGCCUUCAGAGUCCAUUUCAGAACGAUCCAGAAUUAGUCUCUAAGGUUCUUAAAGAUGUCUCCCACCCUAAAACUCGGCUGACUAUCAAAAAUGUUGAACUCAGAACGAACACUUCGACAGAAUCCUUUAAAGCGGCAAGAGAAGGUGGGACUGAAAGCUUGAGUUUCCAUAAUUGCACCACAACUGAUGAAGCAUUUACCUCUUUUUUGGUGGUCAUGGAUAAUUCUUCUUUGUCUUACAUUGGUCUUGAAGAAGUACAUUUGAUUGGUCAAGGGUGGUGGCAGAAAGCUUCGUACACACAUUAUGAACACUUACAUACAGCCUACAUACGUAAUCUUGACAUCCAAGGGUUCUUUGAGUUCAGUAGCAUGAAGCAAUUGGGAUUUCUGCUGGUGAAUCUCCACAAGGUGUCCGUGAUCAACGGCACAGUGUUUGUUAUUCCUCCGAUAACUACAGUCUUGUUGAAAAAACUUGAAUAUUUAGACCUGAGUCAGAACCUCCUUUCAGACCUGACAAUUGCACCGACGUUAUCUACGAGUUUUGGUGCAUAUCAAAACCUCCUCACUCUUAACGUGAGCCAGAACGUUUUAAAAUCCCUUGGGCUGAUGUCUCAGUUGACCACUAACCUUAAGAGCCUCACAGAUUUAGACUUGAGCCAUAACAGUUUUGUUUCUAUGCCAGAAAAGUGUAGCUGGCCAGCGACUCUCAGGUUUCUGAACCUUUCCAGCACAAAGCUACGUAAGAUGACCCCAUGCCUGCCUUCUAGCUUGACAGUCCUGGAUCUCAGUGAAAACGAUCUGAUGGUGUUCAACCAAAGAUUUCCCCAACUCAUUACGCUUAUACUGACAGGCAACCGAUUUAAAAAACUCCCGCAGGGGGAAUUAUUUCCAACACUGCAGACACUGCUUAUCCAAAGGAACGCCUUGCGGAUGUUUAACAGUAGUGAUUUGAAGAGAUUCAAAAACCUACAAUAUUUGGAGGCAGGGGAUAACAAUUUUGUGUGCUCCUGUGAAUUUGUAUCUUUCUUUAAACGGGAUGUUAAACUUUUCAUCACCCUAAGGGACAGUCGUCGCAGUUACGUGUGCGACACUCCGUUCACUCUCAGAGGUGAUUCUAUUGACAGUGUCAGAUUGUCCGUUUUCGAGUGCUAUAUGAUCCCUGCUGUCUCAGUACUUUGUUUUGUGAUUAUCAUAGCGCUUGGACUUAUUGUUGUUACUUGCCAUAAGCUUCACGUUAUAUGGUAUCUGCAGAUGACAAAAGCAUGGAUACAAGCCAAAAGAAAACCUGCAGUUGGUCGACUGGCCGAUGAGCUCCGCUAUGAUGCUUUUGUAUCUUACAGUCAACAUGACGCUGAGUGGGUCGAGGAAAUCCUUGUUCCAGAACUAGAGAGCACUCAGCCUCCGUUUGCCCUGUGUUUGCACAAACGGGACUUCCAGCCGGGCCGCUGGAUCGUGGACAACAUCAUCGACUCGAUUGAGAAAAGCCAUCGGACUCUCUUUGUUCUGUCUGAGCACUUUGUUACCAGCGAAUGGUGCCGUUACGAGCUGGACUUCUCACAUUUCCGCAUAGUAGAUGAACACAAUGACUCCGCUGUCCUGGUACUUCUAGAACCAAUCAAGAAGGAGACCAUUCCCAAACGUUUCUGCAAGCUGAGGAAGAUUAUGAACUCCAGGACGUAUCUGGAGUGGCCGGAGGAGGAGGAAAAGAGAAGUGAGUUCUGGAGCAAUCUGAGAGCUGCUCUACAGAGAGAGGAAUGUUAAUGGCUUGCCAGGUUGUGUGACAAAUAUAGAUUAAUCUAAAAUGGCCAAGUACCAAAAUGCAAUGUCUGUAUGAUGCAUUACUUUAAUUUGCAUGCUUACUCUAUAUACAGGGCUAACAUUAACUAAAAGCAAAACUGAACAUACAAAAUAUUAAUAAAUGCUGCAAUAGUACGUAAAUAAAUCAAAACUAACAAUGCUGUAUAAUUUAUUUUAACAAGUGCAAAGUUUAAAACAUGUCAAAGCCAUUAAAUGUAGCAAUGUGGAUAAAGGCGUAACCUUAAAAGUGUCAAAAUGCAGUGCCUGUAAGCUGAAGCUUUAGGCGGGGGUUGUUUGGAUAAUACCAGUUCAGAUGUGCCUCCUUUUACUUCAUAUGUAGGCCCAUUGUUACUUGACAGACUAUUUCACAUGACGCGUUCCGAGCACUGACAGCACUGUGAAUGCAUGUGUUAUCAGAAGAACGUGCACGAAGUGAAGGACCACAAGUUCAUCGCACGCUUCUUCUGCAGCCACCGCACCGACUUCAUCUGGUGAACAGUGUUUGUGCAAUGAGAAAUGUGACAAUGGGAAGUUAUCUAUAUUGUUAUUUUCUACUUUAAUGACUGUAUAUCACCAGUAUGAUGGUUUCACAGUGAGUUCAGCCUCUUUUCUGUCACCUUUAAGCAAAUAACAUUAGUUUGAAUAAAAUGCCAAUGUAUGUGACAAUAGCAAUAAUGAAGGUUUCUAAAAUCAGGUUUUACUCCUCUGGUAACUUUCUUUUGUACAUAUCUUAUUAGAUUAGACUUAUUCUUUCGUUUUUAGCAUGUUGUCUGUACAUACUGCACACUUCUCAAUUUUUAAAGGUGACUUUAGGUCUAUUUUGUGUGUCCUUAUUGCAAACGAUGUGAUGUAGGUCUCUUUUUCCAGAAAUCACAUGAUACUGGCCACUUUUAAACAGUAUUUUAUAACUUUGGCUCCACCUGUUGGAUGUUUUUUAGAUUUUUAAUUGAAGAUUAAUUUUACUUACUGUAGGCUAUGCAAUUUCAGUAUGUGUGCUCAUAACUGAUUAGUGAAAGUAGUGGUGAGGUAAUAAAGGCCACAUCAGAGUUGUUGUUUUUUUUUUUCAUUCCUCUAUUGUUGUCAAAAUAUAACAUUCUUGUUCUCAUAAUGAAACCUAAACCGAGCAUGUUAUUGUAUGCAGUGAAUUGACAGUGUACUAUCUUAUACAAGUGUGGAGCUCAGCAGGUGGGGGAUGUCUGUAUUAAAUGCUUUUGUUGCCAAUGCAAGUGAUUCAAUGAAAAGGAUUUUGAACAGUAGUAAUCAGUCAGGGUCAUGCAUAUGUUGUUAAAGAAUAAACUGUAAACUUUGACAGAAUAUUGCACAUUUUAAUAAUGUAAUCACAGACUGAGUCCUUGUUAAUAACCUGACCGAUGACCCACCAGUGGGUUCAUCACAAGCUAAUUAGUCAACACACUGUUUGAGCAGUAUGAGUCAGAUAACAUUUCACAAAAAUCACAUCUGUCAGGUUGAAUGAGGACAAGCCUUGUUUAUUGUUAAUAAACUCAUAUCUUUUUUAUGA